AUUAUACACAUGGCGGCAAACGCGGAAGAUUAAAAUUUUCUCGGCCGUACCACGAGUGUGUUUAUCGGACGUUAAGUUGGCAGUGGACCAGAAUAACGUCGUUUAUAGAAUGUACGAUCAAUGGUAUUAUACCACGUUCGAAGAGGAUGAAUACUCUGCGUACCCAGAACCGUGCGAAUCGCCUCCGGUGAGUGUCAACAACUUGGAGCACACCACCACCGCCGCCGCCACAACGAAACCUCGUAUCGGCUACGUGCACAGCGCCGAACACCUUUUCGAGUGCGAAAGGCUGCCCCGAAUCCGCCGCAGGUGCCUCCUUGUUCACGGACUGAUCAAGUGCUACGGUCUCUUGAAAUCCCUUUACAUAAUCCGCCCUCCGCAGGCGACCCGGAACGAUUUGUUGACCUUCCACUCGGAAGACUACGUCGACUUUCUUGAAACGUGCGAGUCGGCAAAGGACCUUGAAACGACGGAUAUUCUGGACAAAGCCAUGGAAUACAACCUCGUGGACGACUGUCCGUUGACCGAUCGCAUAUUCACGCUCGUGAAACACAUCGCCGGCGGCACGCUAAGCGCCGCUCGUGCCCUGACCGAAGGACAGUGCGACGUCGCGAUACACUGGGAAGGCGGCUGGCACCACGCUCAGAGGAGCGAAGCCGCCGGGUUCUGCUACGUCAACGACGUCGUGCUGGGGAUCCUCCAACUUCGUCGCCGCUUCGAACGGGUCCUCUACGUCGACUUGGACGUGCACCACGGCGACGGCGUUCAGGACGCGUUCUGCGGAACCGACAAAGUGGCCACUGUGUCGUUCCACCAGUACGAACCCUGCUUCUACCCGGGAACCGGAGACUGCAAAGACGUCGGCAUCGGAAGAGGCCGCGGCUACUCGGUGAACGUCCCUCUUCGCAGCGGUAUGCGAGACCCGACUUUCGUGAGUGUUGUCACGACUGUUCUGGCCGAAGUUCAGCGUCGGUACGAUCCUGUGGCAGUCGUGUGUCAGUGUGGGGCUGACUGUCUUUCCGGCGAUCCGCUCGGUGCCUUUAAUCUGACCGCGGACGCUCUGUCCAAGUGCCUGAGUUUUGUGCAGGCUUGGAAGCUGCCCUUGCUCGUGCUGGGAGGGGGUGGCUACUCUUUCGCUAACGUGGCGCGGUGUUGGACGAAGCUCACCGCGACACUGUUGGGCGUGAACUUGGACGAGGAGAUUCCCGAGCACGGCUUUCUGAUGGAGUACGGACCAGGGUACGAGCUGGGUGUCGAGCCGGGACGCCGACCUGAUCUGAACGAUUCCGACUAUGUGGACAGAGUCGUGCGUGCCGUGCUCUCGCAAGUACGUCACAUGGACCCGCCGUAACUUGUCGCGUGAGGUAUAAAAUUUAGCCUAGGGACGUGUUAUGAAGGUAAUUAAAAUGAAAGGUAUAGAUUCCGCCAUC